GUACAUCACGAGGCUGAGGGCAGUGGCAUAUGGCUGCUGUGAAAACCACUAGGGCUAACCUUUCCCACCAUGCUGUGCCCGACACAUGGGGGCUGGAGUUCUAUCUCUGCAGCCUGGAGAGGCACCCAACUUACCGCUCUCUUUGCUCUUGUCCUGGACGUCGUGGUGCGUAUAAUGAGCUGCUGCUGCUGAGCUCUGCUCCCACUGCUGCAGCAAGACAUUAAAUCAGCUUGAGGCAGGAGCGGGAUUAUUUCUCUGACCCCUGUUGCCUUUUCUCCGUGAGGGUGACCAAUGUCAGUUUGUUGGUGCAUGUUCUUUCUACAGUGCCAUGAGUGAGGGCAAACCAGUGCAUCUCCUGGUGGCCUCUGCCCCUGCCUGGGUGACACCGAGGGGCUAGCCCGGAUUGGAAGGCUCUGGAGUGUGUGACGUUGCUCCACCGGAGGAGAGGAAACAGCUGCAUUGCAACAAGGGCAGGCUGCACACUGCCAAACCGAGCGCUGCUCUGCACAGUUCCUGGGCUGUCUCACUGCAGGCUGAGAAAGGCUGCUCCAGGGGAAGAGGCCUUGGUAGGACAUCUUCCUCUUCCUCCUCCCCCGUUGAUUCUGACCAGAAGCCAUGGCGCCCACCAGCAAGGCUGGCAGGUACAGGGGCUCCGUGAAGGAGUUCCCAAACUUCAACGCGAGCCAGGAUGCAGAGGCGCUGUACACCGCUAUGAAGGGGUUCGGCAGUGACAAGGAGGCCAUACUAGACCUGAUAACAUCCAGGAACAACAAGCAGAGAAUCGAGAUCAGCCAGGCCUACAAAUCACUCUAUGGAAAGGACCUGAUCGCAGACCUGAAGCGGGAGCUGACAGGGAAAUUUGAGAGGCUGAUUGUGGGUCUGAUGCGGCCCUUGGCAUACUUUGAUGCCAAGGAGAUUAAAGACGCCCUUCAGGGCAUUGGCACCGACGAGAAGUGCCUGAUUGAGAUCCUGGCAUCCCGGACCAACCAGCAGAUACACAACCUGGUGGAAGCCUACAGAGACGCCUAUGAGAGGGAGGUGGAAGCGGACGUCCUGGGAGACACCUCGGGGCACUUCAGGAAGAUGCUUGUCGUUUUGCUUCAGGGCACGCGGGAGGAGGACGAUGUCGUGAGCGAGGACCUCGUGGAGCAGGAUGCCAAGGAUCUUUUGGAAGCUGGAGACCUGAAAUGGGGCACAGAUGAGGCCCAGUUCAUCUACAUCCUGGGAAACCGAAGCAAACAGCAUCUCCGGCUGGUCUUUGACGAGUAUCUGAAGAUUUCUGGGAAGCCCAUCGAGGACAGCAUCCGGGGCGAGCUGUCUGGGGACACUGAGAAGCUGAUGCUGGCAGUGGUAAAGUGCAUCCGGAGCACCCCAGAGUACUUCGCUGAAAGGCUCUACAAGGCCAUGAAGGGGCUGGGGACCAAGGACAACACGCUGAUCCGCAUCAUGGUCUCCCGCAGCGAGAUCGACAUGCUGGAUAUCCGGGAAGUGUUUAGGACGAAGUAUGAGAAGUCCCUGCACAGCAUGAUUAAGGACGACACAUCCGGCGAGUACAAGAAGGCCCUGCUGAAGCUGUGUGGGGGAGACGAUGACGCCGCAGGUGAGUUCUUCCCUGAAGCGGCGCAGGUGGCCUAUCGGAUGUGGGAGCUUAGUGCAGUGGCUAAAGUAGAGUUGAGAGGAACCGUGCACCCGGCUUCAGACUUCAAUGCUGAUGGUGAUGGAAAGGUGCUGAGGAAGGCAAUGAAGGGACUUGGCACUGACGAAGGUGCCAUCAUCGAUGUGGUCACACAGAGGAGCAACGCCCAGAGACAGGAAAUCUUGAGAACCUACAAGUCUCACUUUGGCAGGGAUCUGAUGGCCGAUCUGAAAUCAGAGCUGUCGGGAAGCUUGGCCAAGCUGAUCCUUGGACUGAUGAUGACACCGGCACAGUUUGAUGCCAAGCAGCUGAAGAAGGCCAUGGAGGGGGUUGGCACCGAUGAGAACAUUCUCAUUGAAAUUUUGGCCACUCGGAACAAUCGGGAGAUCCAGGCUAUUAACGAGGCAUAUAAAGCAGCAUAUCACAAAUCUCUGGAGGAUGCGCUGAGCUCUGACACAUCAGGACACUUCAAGAGGAUUCUUGUCUCCCUGGCUCUGGGCAACCGUGACGAAGGAGGAGAAGACCUCACACGAGCUCAUGAAGAUGCCAAGGUGGUUGCUGAGAGCCUGAAACUAUCCGAUGUUUCCAGUGGCGACUCCACAUCCCUGGAAACCCGUUUCUUGAGCAUUUUGUGCACCCGGAGUUACCCCCAUCUCCGCAGAGUGUUCCAAGAGUUCAUUAAAAUGACCAACCAUGACGUGGCACACACCAUCCGGAAGCACAUGUCUGGAGACGUGAGGGAUGCCUUCGUGGCCAUAGUGCGGAGCGUCAAGGACAAGCCGGCUUUCUUUGCCGACAAGCUCUACGACUCCAUGAAGGGCAUCGGCACCGAUGAGAGAACCCUCACCAGGAUCAUGGUGUCCAGGAGUGAGAUCGAUCUGCUGAACAUCCGGCGUGUGUUCAAGGAGAUGCAUGAGAAGUCGCUCCACCACAUGAUUGAGAAGGACACCUCCGGCGAUUACCGCAAAGCUCUGCUGGCCAUUUGCGGAGGGGACGACUAAGCUGCCCCGGGAGUCCUGUGAAAGCCUGUCCCCGUGUCUGAGCCAUUACGUUCACACAGCCUAGAUGUCACUGUAGCUUUUAAGGGGCUUCGGAGGUCGUUCAGUUCCCCUUGGAAGAAGAUUCACUUAGAAAAACAUACCACAGAAGAGUGUAACGUUGCAAGCAGUGCAGACCACCCAGGUGGUCAUGGGGUGGGGAUUUUGGGGGGGGAAGAGAUUGUCUGAAUUGGUGCAAGAGGACUCAUGUCCAAAUGUGUCACUAACCCAGGAAGUUACUGUGAUAUAAGAAACAUUUUAAACCACAGAAAUAAAACCUUAAUGUUGCUGACCAUG